GUAGCCUCUUAACGUCACUUCCUUUCUGUGUGCGUUUGCGGGGCUGCCGUAGUGUCUGUCUGGGAAGGAGGGCUUCCAGGCUGAACAGGCGACUAACUGCAUUCAACCAGCAUAGGGCAUUUUAUCUCUGUAGAGACUUGAGGUUAUUGGAGGCACCAAAAAAGCGGUUAUACAUGAAGUUGUUUUUAAUGAGGACUAUUCUGCUGAGCCUCACGCCUCAGUGAAGUGCUGCAGCAGCAGCAGCAGACCAGCACGCCGCCGCCGCCGCUGCUGUUGUUUUGAGAGAAGAAAACAGGCUCAGUGAGCAGUCCGCUAAAGCUGUGUGAUCAUUGACAGAGUUCAGUACACACGGGCUCCAUGAGAUAACUAGUGGAAACCUUUAGGUGUGGUAUCUCUGAGCCUCUUGAAGAACCAUCAGCCGGGGGUAUUUUGGUGCUGAAGUCGAGGUAAGAACAGCCGGUGUGACGAGAAUUAGCGCAAGUGGCUAACAGAGAUGCUAACUACUUGUUAGCUCUAAAGCUAUUAUUGCUAGCUGCCUUGUUUGGUGUCUGACUGAGUCUCCACUUUGUAAACAAGCCAACGACUGUAGAGUCAUGGUGACACGUUAACUCUCUAACAACUUAAAUAGAAAAGUCACCGCGUACAGUGCAAUAGGAGUGUAAGUUUAUUGACUUUGCCUCGGCUUUGCUAGGUUAGGUGUAAGACAGUGAUGAAAGGAUCAGGAUGCCUCACGUUAAUGUUUAUGUUGUGCUGCUCGUGGUUGUGGCCACAGUCCGUUAUGAAUUAAAUGUCUUGAACUAGCUCUAUGGAGUGGCCUUGUAAAGUAUUUUUCUAUGUUCUCUUAAUUAUUAACUCUGGCGGUGCUGCAACUGAGCCGAGAGCUUUAAUACCUGGCUAAAUCACUUAGCCUUUAACUUGCAUAGUUUCAGUGACAUGUCGUGUUUAGGCUUUUACGUUGUGAAAAACAGGCACUAAUACCCCAGCUAUUAAAAUAAUAAUAAUAAUAAUAUCAAAGCGAGCAACCAUAAAUAUAACAAAGUCCGAAGUCGUUGAAGCCUUAUCUGUUUUGAACUUUGUAAACAAAGCAGUUCAAACAGUCUUUGUGUUGUGGUGACUGUAUGCACUGUAUUAUCCAACCCCUGCAGUUUCACUGAAAUACUGUGAAAUUCUGUUAAACCUAUUAUCUAACAUAAGCUGUUGAUUUAGUGCUGACCCUGAAUCGCCAAGGCUUCUCCACAAACAUUCAGCAAGAGCUUUGGGAGGAUAUCUCGUAUGAAGGGCUUUUGGAAAAUAGAUUGAAAAUAUAUAUUGUUUUAUAUUUGUACAAACAUUGCCAUGGGUUUUAUCCAGCUUGUUUGUAUGGUUGCCAUUGUGGAAGUGUCAUUCUUAAUGUGACAGCCGAAGUGUCAGGUAAUCAUAUAUGAGGUGGUGAGCAUGCUGCAGAUUUCAGCAGUUUUCUUUGUUGUGGAGUCGAGUUUCAAGGCAGCAAAAUAACCUUAGAGGGUGGGAAAUUUGCUCAAGCACAACACCAGUGACAGGCAUCAUGAUUGCCUUGCAGAAAGUUUCUUGCAUUUGGAAUUAUCUUUCCUAUUGUAUGGUGACCGAGAACCGCCACUGCUGAAAAUAAAAAAGAAUGCUUAAAAAAAAAAAAAAAAAAAAAAGCCACAAUGGAAGUUACUGAUGAAAAAAAAAAAACAAAGCAUGCUGCAAAUAAAAAAUAGGCGGUGCAGAUAAAAUAAAAUAAAACAAAAAAGCCGCAACAGAACUUAAUGAUCCAAAAAAAUGUGGCAAUGCAAAAAAAAAAAAAAAAAGGUACUUACUGCGAAAAUAAAUGGAUGCAAAUAAAAAAUAUCGACUCAGGUACUACGUGGUCUAACCAAUUCUUUGCUCGUCUUCUCACUGUCGUGUUCUGUGCCUAGAUUGUAAAACACAGGUGUGUCAUCAGUAUUGGUCCCCGGCAGCUCACUUCCAUUGUGGCUUUUUUUAUUUGCAUCAUUUUAUUUUUGCAGUAAGUAACUUUUUCUUUCUAUCACCACUUUUUUUUUGCGUGGUCAACUCCCGUUGUGGAAGUUUUUUUUAUUUGCUGCGGGCUUCAGUUUCUUUCUUUCUUUCUUUUUUUUUGCAUCAGUAACUUCCGUUGUGACUUCUUUUUUUUUUUGCGUUCUUUGCCUUGCGACAAAAAAAUUUCCCCCAUUGGGAAUCAAUAAAGGAAUAUUCUAUUCUAUUCUAUUCUAUUCUAUUUUAUUUGCAGCAGUGGCAGUUCUGGGCCACCGUACUAUUGCACCAUUAACCUCACUUGUCAAAAUUGUAUAACCUUCCGUACAAAUGCAUUUCCCCAUUAUUUUCCAGUGUUCCUGAUGUGCAAUUAAAAUCUUACUGUCUAUAGAAGGGUUGAGAAUCACUAGUGGCCCCACGAUACAAUAUUAUUGCUAUUUUAAACAUUUUGCAAUACAGUGAGUAUUGCGAUACAAUAUAUUGCGAUUUAUACAAUUUUUUCAACUGUUUAGCUAAUUUAGCCUUUUAACUUUCUUUUAUGUUUGUCCAAUUUACACCUGUUUUAUUUUUUUUUUGUCAUGUAGCUUUAUGAUGUCACCUCUGUCAACCUCACUGGACAAACCGUUGAUUUUAUUUUUCAGUUAUCAUAGAUUUGACUUUAUAUUAGCAAUUUAUUUGAAAAAAAAAAAAAAACGAUACUUGGUAAAUGAGAUGAUACGAUAUAUCACCCGAAAAAAUAUUGUGAUACUAUGCUGUAUCAAUUUUUUCUCCCACCCCUAGUCUAUAGGCUCACAACUGCUUGGUUUAUAGCCCUCUUUGAUGUGAAAGGUCUUCACAAGUUGUAAUAACAUGCUAAAGCUACAGCCUGCUAUGCUUAGUUUAGUCAUGGUAAUGGAAACAAAUUUCUGCAUUAAUAGUGUUGAUUGUUUGUUUGUUUUCUUUUUCUCCAGGUAUUCCACAACAAAGUUUUUUAUUACUUGAGCCACGGCCAGAGCCAUUGUAUAAUUUUGACCAGCUUGUCUGCAGCCCCCUUCCCAACUCAGAGAGUGUUCUGCCCCAGCAUGAAUGAAGUCAGUGUUGUGAGAGAAGGAUGGCUCCACAAGAGAGGUAACCAAACCAUUUUUACUCACAGUGCAUCAUCACUCAGACUAAAUCUAUGAUAUAGUCUGUCUUUAUCUUUGAGAUUAAAGUAAUUCCUCAGUAGAUUUUCAGGCAGACAACAGUUGUGGAUGUCCGUUUAGUUAGUCUUUCAACAGAGUAUCAAAUUGAACUGGUAAAAAAAUCCCUCUUGUUUCGAUCCAGGUGAAUACAUUAAAACAUGGCGGCCUCGGUAUUUCAUCCUGAAGAGCGAUGGCUCUUUCAUCGGUUACAAAGAAAAGCCUGAGGUGUCCAGCGACCACAAUCUCCCACCAUUAAACAACUUUUCAGUUGCAGGUCAGUUAUCCUUUUUGUUUGGCAGGAGAUUUGGUAUUAUGUUCUCUAAAGUAAGCUUUUAUUUGUUAAGUUGAAGCUGAUGUGUUUAUGUGUUGUAGAAUGCCAGCUAAUGAAGACAGAGCGACCCAAGCCCAAUACAUUUGUCAUUCGAUGCCUGCAGUGGACCUCUGUUAUUGAGCGCACCUUUCAUGUAGACAGCAAUGAGGAGAGGUAAAGUUCACUCACUUCUAAGGGGUUCUUUAAGUUGUGUUACUAUUUUGUCUUGGAUGGAAAAUUCAACUUAAAUGUCACAGUUACUUUUAUUCUCUCGCAAUUUUUUUUCUUAAUAUACCAAUAACACUAAAACAUCAAAACAGUAUGAAAAUAUCUUUGUUUAUUUUGGUUUAGUUUAGUUUGUUAGUGAUCUUAGAGCCAAUUAUACUAGAUGUUGUUUUAGACCAGAUGAUAUUGCAAAAAAAUAUACUUCUUGGAAAAAUGUUUUUGUAAAUUGCACCAUAACACCGAAGUAAACAAAUCAUCUUCUAGGUAUUUUUUUCUGAAGUAAAAUGAACGAUGAAGUUUGUACUGAACGGCUGAGUAAUAAUUUAUAUCAAUUUUAUCAUUCAAAAUAUCUACAACUAUCAGCAGUAAAAUCCAUUCUGACAAUGGAAGACACUGUUAGAUUAAACCUGAUCUAUUCACUUCAGCAAUCAUCAUUUAAUCUCAUUUACAUUGACUCUGCCAUGUACCAAAUCCCAACAGCCCCCCCCAGAUUAUAAUCUACCUUCCAAACUAAGCUUCCAACGCGACUGUCUGUAAAUUUUUGGCUAAAAAUCUGCACCAUCUGUCUGAAUGCAAAGAUUUGCCAAAACACAGCAUUUAGAUUUAUUUGAAGGAUAAAUACAGUGAAACAGAAGGCGAAACUUUUUUCUAGAUUUCACAGAGGUAAUGAGUGUUGUUUUUUUUUUUUUUUUUUUUUUUUUUCUGGGUCAGGGAGGAAUGGAUGCGAUCGAUCCAGGCAGUGGCAAAUAGCCUGAAGUGUCAGCAGCAGGAUGAGGAGCCAAUGGAGAUUAAGUUUGGCUCACCAAGUGACAGCAGCGGCGCAGAGGAGAUGGAGAUUGCUAUAUCCAAAUCCCGCUCAAAAGUGGUCAGUAUUUGUGUAAGCAGUGCCUGGCAUCGUAGUGUUUGCUGUUUUUUUUACCGUUCAGCUCAUCUUUAUUGGGCAAAUUGUUCAAUUUAAAGCCUCUUUUUUAAAGCAACCUUUAAACAGAUGGCGGGUUACAUUGGUUAAUAAUUUGUGUCACCCAAAAUCACUGAUUAUUCAUUGUCUAUUGAUCAUGUUGAGUCAACUUAAACUUGCAAAUCUCGACAGAUAAAUCUCAGUGUUGAAACCUCAGAUAGCUUUAGCCCUCAAUGAGUUUAAGUCGAAACACUGGUGCUGCCUGAGAGUUUUUAUAGGCUGCUAGCUCGGCUGUUGCUGUGGGAGUGGAGUUUGGCAUUUGAUGCUAAUAAAAUGGCAAGAUUGAUCAAGUUGCGUGUUCAUUUAACUUUAUCUCUUCCUUUCUUGCCUAAUUACUAAGGACGCCUCCUGCUUUACAGAAGCCAAAAUUUUUCAUUCGUCUUAUUUGUCUUGCUUCUAUUUGCUAUCAGCAAUCACAGUGCUAACCAGCACAUGUCCAGAAUGUCACCAAAAGAGAGGAUGACACAGAUGAACAGUGAAGAUUCACUUUUUAUUAAAACUACAGAGUUACAUUUGUCGUGCUAAAUAUACAGCAAAGUGUCUUUGUAUCGAUUCAAUUGCUGAUUUGCUUUGUUAAAUGAUUUUGAAUCAGUUUACGUCAUAUGGCAAAGUUCUGUGGCCGUUUGUGUCGCAAUGCAGUUUGACUGUUUAAUCAUAAUCUGUUGAAUGAAUGAAUUACUACACCUUUAGCAAAAAAUAUCAGUGUGCUUUGAUAAUUCCUACUUCUAUACAUUGCAAUAAAUUUGCAAUAGACAAGUUAACUAUCAUGCUGCUGUUUCUAAGAUGUUAAUUGAAAGGCUAAGUGUUCUUUCUUGUAUGCCGUGCUAGAGUUUGAUGUGUGAGUUAGAGAAGAUAGGGCAGACAACACCAGCAUUACUGUGGUGAGGAGCCACUGAUGAAUCACACUUACUUUCUUUGAGGAAAACUCAGUUUGGACUCACUCUGGUGUGAGUGCACUAGCAUUAAUAUUCGCCUAUAUCAAGGUUGACCUUUAACCUUUGUUCCAACAGACCAUGAGUGAUUUUGACUACCUGAAGCUGCUGGGGAAAGGGACCUUUGGUAAAGUGAUCCUGGUGAAGGAGAAGGCCACAGGGAUGUACUAUGCCAUGAAAAUCCUCCGCAAGGAAGUCAUCAUCGCUAAAGUAAGUUUUGAACACUUCAACUUCAAAGUCUUAUCAAAUUGUUUUGUUGCAGUUAAGCUAUUUAUUACCAAUGUGUGACGUGUUCGUAUCUUCUGCUAGGAUGAGGUGGCGCACACAGUCACAGAAAGCCGAGUACUCCAAAAUACGCGACAUCCCUUUCUCACAGUGAGUUACCAGUGCCUGAGUUGUCUUUGCUGUUUACUCUUUUCUUUUCCAAUGUAAACGCAAAAUUUAACCAGUGUAUCCUCUCUAUUGUUUGCUCUCUUCAACAGACACUAAAAUAUGCAUUUCAAACGCAUGAUCGACUAUGCUUUGUAAUGGAGUAUGCAAAUGGAGGAGAAGUAAGUUGUUUUCUUUCUCAUUUGACCUUGAACUGUGACACAUUUGUUAAUAGACCAACAACGUUUCUGAAAGAUACCGUACUGAUGAGGAAUCUUAAAUUACAAACCUGUGUUUGUGCAUUGCUUUUGGGUUUUUUCGAGAAACAAUAAAAUUGUGCUCUAUAAAACUGAAAGUUAACAAGUUUGAGGGUCGAACAAAUCCACCCAUAAUAUGAUACAAAUAUUUACCAAGAGACCCAAUCCCUCACAAGUGCAGCUGGACUUGCUUGGAGUUCUUGAACCUCAAACAAAUCCAGUUGCCCUUCAAAAAAAAAAAAUUGGAUAACCAUGACCUGGAUGAAUGAGAACCUUUACUUAUAUUUUCCAAGACACCACGUCCACGGGAGUUUUAGUUGUCCAUUUUGGUUUCUAAGAGUCAAGGUAUGUCAGGGUCUCCUUUGUGUCAUAAAAAUAUUUUAAAAAAUUAGGUUUUGUGUAUUUUAAAAAUUUUAGAUUUUAUUGUUCACCUUACUUUUCAACCCUAUACACCUGCAUCGUUCACCCUGCAACAGCAGAAUGAACAGAUUAGUAAAGUCUUGAUCAGGGGGAAAUUUUCCCUUUUUUUGAAUCAGUUAUAGAGAGCAUCACUUUAUAUGAUUAUUUUAAAAAUGGUUGCAUAUAUAGGUUUACUUAACCCAUCUAUACUGACCAAGCCAAUACUGAAAAAGACCAUAAACAGCACUUAGACUCCAGCAAUGUGCUCAAAUCGAUCUUCACCGCUAAUCCAAGUAUAUCAAGAAGCACAAUUCAUGUCCCUGUAGCUGUUGUCAUUCCUUUUUUUUUUUGUCCUUUUCAGCUUUUCUUUCACUUAUCACGGGACAGAGUGUUCACAGAAGACAGAGCAAGAUUCUAUGGUGCAGAAAUAGUGUCAGCACUGGAAUACCUACACUCGCGCAAUGUUGUUUACAGGGAUUUAAAGGUAAGGUGGCAUCCAUCUCUUACAGUAAAGACAUUUUUUAGAAAUGCUUGGAUUGUUCAGCAAUAAGGGGCAUACAAGACGCGAUUUCCUUGGGGAGUAAUUAUGUAUCAUCACUUAUCUUUGUCGCUUUUGUCAAUAACUGUGGGAGAAAUGAGUGUAUUGUACCGAAGAGUGCUGCCAUUUUUCUGUUCCUUUUGCCCUAAUAACUGCCUACAGUUUUGGUCCUAAUUUAAACCUUUCUCCUCACAGCUGGAGAACCUUAUGUUAGACAAAGAUGGCCAUAUAAAGAUAACAGACUUUGGGCUGUGCAAAGAGGGCAUCACAGAUGGUGCCACCAUGAAAACCUUCUGCGGGACCCCAGAGUACUUGGCACCGGAGGUAAAUCUACAGCGUCAUUAAUGUAUCGUAAGACCACAUUUAUGAGUUUAAAGUUGUUUGUAUUAUUUACAGACCAAAUGGAAACAUGUGAAAAUCAAGGUAGUUCUGCUGGUUUGUAUUUGAUAGUGUUGGUGCAUUGGCUAGUACCAGCACUGACUUCCAGAGCUCAAGCCAAAAGGUCCUUUACACUAGAUCUGAAUCUCUUUCUGACAGAGCAACACAAUUAUAAAUCGUGGGUCUACAUGCAUGUGACUAAUUGACACUCAUACAACUUCAACCAGUGUAGUACAUUCCAUAAAUUACUCUGCCUGCUUGGUUCAUAGAUGUCUGCAGACCAAUGGGUUUGAACCAUGACCACCCCAGUGUGUGCUUAUUCUGUUCUGGGUUGAGGAAGUCUAUGAAUUAUUUACCGUUAUCUUACCCUUCAGAUAUGACAUAACUUUGUGCUGGGAGAUGCACACUGAGGACUUUCUUUUUCGAUUACAAACAAGUCAGGGGAGAUUGAGUUUACAGUCUCAGAGAUAACGAGUAUAGUAUUUUGGUUUCUGUUUUCAGUCUUGAGUAUUAUGGCCUUUUGUUGCAUGCUUUGACAUUAUGAAGGACAACAGCAGGUUGUUGGAGCGCAAAAUGGUCUAACUGGUCUGCGCCAUUAUGCAGUUCUAUAACCCAUCUUAUAUUAUUUCAAAAUAAGAUGUUUUUUUUUAAUUAAUCUCUAUCAACAAACAUCUGUAUCCAAGUUAAGAUAUAAGUUAAGCAAUUUUGUUGUGACAAAACUCCAAAUCUAUUCUCAUAUCUUAAGUUGCCAGUCAGUCUGUCAAGUGAAAUAAUGACUAUGAUCUAGGGUCCCCAUAAAUGCUUUUGGCUUUUGUUGUGAGAUGGUUUGGUGUUAGUCCCAGACUUAAUCAGUUCUUAAAAAGCUUACAACUGAAACACCAACAAACUGCAAAAGCAAAGAAGCUGGUGUAGCGAAUAUUUAGAAGCAGCAGGUUUCUGAGAUUGGAAAGUUUGCUCUUAAAAUUUUGGUUAACUUGUAUUUAGGAAAAAUAUAUCCAAAGGAUACAGAGGCAUUCUCCCCUGAACUUCUCUCUGAUUUAGUUUGUUUAAAAAAUGCAGAAAAUUGUUGUUUUCUCUCUCCAUUUCUUUCUUUCUUUCUUUCUUUCUUUCUUUCAACACCUUUUCUGCUCGUGUUUUAGGUUCUAGAGGACAAUGACUACGGACGAGCAGUGGACUGGUGGGGUCUUGGUGUGGUCAUGUAUGAGAUGAUGUGUGGUCGGUUGCCCUUCUACAACCAGGACCAUGAGCGUCUCUUUGAGCUAAUCCUAAUGGAGGAGAUCCGUUUCCCCAAGAACCUGGCUCCUGAAGCCAAGGCCUUGCUGGCUGGUCUGUUGAAAAAAGACCCCAAACAAAGGUUAGCAGUUUGAUGUUUCCGCAAUCUACAUUUUUAUUUUGAUCAAGCAUUAAUUGGAUAAAUAAAUCAUUAUUUGUGUCACAUAAAUCUUAUGUGGUGAUCGUAAGGAUCAACAUUUGCACAAGAUAGGAAAACAGCGGCGGCCUCUGUUCUGUAUCAGUCAACACAUUUUCAUCACUUUUAGGCUUAGAGGUAUAAUGACCCAUAAAAUGUUAACAAAUAUUGAACAAUUUCAGAAGCUUGGGUUUCAAUUUAUUUAUUUCAUAUUUUAACUUAAUAUACUUUAUGCUUAAUGUUCUAAAUAUUUUAUGUGUUGCUUAAAAACACAAUAGGUUGUGUUUGUUCAAAAAAAAAAGUUAUUUUGUACCGAGGGUCCCAGACAUUUCAAAGUAUCACAUUUUAGAGCUGUGAUUGCAAUACUGGGAUACCAUGAAACAGAUAUUUCUGCUUUUUGCACUGGCCCAUGCAUAUAAUUUUUUUUAUUUCAAUACAUGAUAAGUUAAGUUAUGUGUUGAUUUAUUAGAUAAAAUUUAUUUGAUCAAUUUAACAGAUGAAAUAUUCCACUGUGUCACAGUUUAAUCACUAUUUUAAACCACCAACUAUAUUUUAGAGUUUAGUGAACAGGCUAGCUUGGGAUAUUCAGUAGUUUUUUUGCAAAAUCGUAAAACUUUAAAGCAAAAGGUGUCUCUAACAGCACUCAUCUCUUAAAAAAAAAACAUAACACUAAUUCUAGUAUCUAAGCUUCAGCUGUAAAAACAGGAGUGUCAGUUGAAUAAUUAGCCCCUGAAGAUAAAGCUUUAAAAAAAACAUGUCCUUCCGGUGGUUUUGCACCUAUCUACUUUGCUCAGGGGCACCACUUCACCUCUAACCUGAGCACAGACAUUUGAAGCCUGUGUUCCUUCUUGAUUAGUUUAGUUAGAGCAAUGGUCAAACAGGAGACAUAAUCAAUUGUUGUUUUGGUCAAGUUGCUUCCACUGUUUCUGAGAAGAGUCGAAGAACUGCUAAUAUUAGCACAUUGAGCAUCGCCUGCAGGCUUUCUCUACAAGUACCUGGAAGCAAUAAGGAAAUAGAGAGUGCAGAAAAUAAUGGUCCUGUUGUUCAGAAUGGAACAACAUGAUCAUUGUUUGUUGUAUGUUUCCUAAGAGAUUUGAUCUACACAGAGAGAAGAGAGAAUCUGGUGAGUAAAUCCUGAUGGUAAUGGUUUGUUUUCAGGCUUGGUGGAGGACCUGAUGAUGCCAAAGAUGUGAUGGGCCACAAGUUCUUCAUCUCCAUUAACUGGCAAGAUGUACUCGAAAAGAAGGUGAGCUGCCGGUUGAAAUGAUUACAGGUUAGUAUGGAUUAUUUAAUGUGUAUUUUAUGUGACAAGUAUCUGUUUUUUUUUUUCAGCUUAUUCCACCUUUCAAGCCCCAAGUAACAUCAGAAACAGACACACGCUACUUUGAUGAUGAGUUCACAGCACAAACCAUAACAAUAACUCCCCCUGACAAGUGUAAGUAAUUCUGAUGCGAAUGCCUAAGGUCGUUACACACCGGGGCCGACAAGAAUAUAGAACGUGAAAGUUCGAAAUAUUCAGAGGUGAAUUUUGCAGCGCACUUAUAGCCAAUCAGAGGCGAUAAGAUAAGCACAUGAAACUAUGGUAACAACCGUUAGCUUACGUUAGCACAGAUGAAAGUUACAACAAAGACGUUUGGCAAACUGUUAAAGCACACAAACUGUCGUCAUAUGAGAAAUCUGACACUAUGACUCUCCACAAGUUGUCCUUCAGGUCAUUAUAUUUGUAAUAUUUGUGUCUUUUGUCAGAAAGCACUCUGUUCUCCGACACGUAAACAAUCAGCCGGUCGGCCAUGAUGGAUAUACCGGUGAAUCUGACGUCGUAACAACACGCAAUCUGAUUGGUCAGAAGUGGACACACAGUAUGCGAAACUUUAAAAAAUCGACCAUGAUCCAAAAAAAAUAAAUGCCGAAAUAUCGCAGAACGGGAAAACGUCAUCCGAACUGAUCGCACGACAAAAACGGCCCUGGUGUGAAAGGACCUUUAUUGUUUUUUUUUUUUUUUUGACACAUUUAAGUCCGUUUGUAAUUUGUGGAUGUAUUUCUCCCUUGUUGUUCAUAUUGCAGAUGACAGUUUAGAUGCAGAGGAUUCAGAUCAGCGUACGCACUUCCCUCAAUUUUCCUACUCUGCAAGCAUACGGGAAUGAUCAGACUAUGAACAAGCAGGCAGGCUUACACACUAUCACAAUUCCACAUUCACUCUUGCACUGCAGGGGAAUUUUGAACAACACCAUCGAAAACUGGCACAAGACACACUUUCAUUUGAUCUUCGAUGCACAUAAUAUCACGUAAACACACACACGCGCACACACACUCACACAUAUACAUCGAAAACAGAGAAUCAGACAAGACUGGGAUCAUAAAGUGUGAAACAAACACACUGGCUGAGAACGACUGACCUCAGCAGGUUUGUGUGGAUCGACUGGCAGCUUUGUCUGUGUACAUUCUCUCAGGGCUUGCUCUAGGCUUCCCUGCGGGACCUCUGAUGCACUACACUGGGUACCACAUCAAAGCCUUGACACUUUGAAAACCAGGUUAUGCCAGGAAGCACCAUCAUUCUACCAGCUGCGCCCAUGCUUCACACACUGACAUAGUCAUCUGUCCAUGCAUAGACUGCAUAAAUAUACAGACACAAAUGUACUUGAUAGAAUUUUAAAUAGCAUAAUCAUGAAAAUUAGGAAAUUGAAAACAUUUUUUUUGUUUGUUUUUGGGAAAAAGACAGAUUUUUAUUUAAUCCGUUGUUAAUGUUUUAAAUGUAAAGCCAUAUUUCUGCAUUUUCAGAUUAUUUUCCCUCAUUCCUUUUUUUAACAAGUGCUCUUUCUGGAACUUGCUGUUACAAAUCAAGUGUGGGACUGUUCCUACAGUGAGGGGAAAGGGGAGAGGGGGAGGGUUGCCAUUUCUGUGUUUUGCACUGCACGUGUUUGUGAGAGCAAAUGGGCGAGCGGAUGUGUAAAUGUUCUGGGUGUGUGCAUAGAAGUGCAGGAGAAUGUAUGAAUAUCUAUUUUGAUUCCCAUCCAUCCAUUCGUGUCAGUUUUUAUGCAUGUCUUUAAACUUUUGCUGGAAAUCAACACAAGGACCCUACACAGCACACUUGAUGGCCUUUUUUAAAGGGAGCAAGUAUGUAAUUAAUGAUCGCUGUGACCUGCUUGGCGCUAAAUUGGCUCAGUCAGGAAUACAAACUAGGAUCUCUUGCAUGACUUAAUCUUUGCUUUAAAAGCUGCUUAUACUCAACUUAUAGUGAUGCGCCAGUGCGUUGUCUAUGUCACUUUGUCCUGACUGAUCUGCUGGAAAGAGGUUUAGAAGUACGUUUUCAGUGCUUAGGACAGACUUUUUGGGAAGACAAAAAAGUAGUUUCUAUGCCAGAUGCUUGCCCCAGCUGUUCCCACAACCUUUUAAAGAGAGACCAAUGUAGACGCACACAGCCAUUCACUGUCCAGUGAUUCUCAUGCCCUAGCUGAUGAAGUAGGCACCAAUCUUUUGUUCAUUUCCUAUUCAUAGUGUAAGUUUAAAACUUUUUUUUUAAAAAUGCUUCCUGUAUUUAAAGAAUAUGAGUUGAUUUGUUGUGUGAAGUCUUGAUACUGAGGCCAAAAAUUGACUGACAUGGUGGACGUUCAACACUUCAAAUGAUUCCACAUUUUUGUUUAGAGCUUUUAAUUUGUGUUGUCUUUUAAUAAUUUGUUAUGGCACUUAAAUCAACUUUUUGUCAUAUGUUUUAGUAUCUGCAGCAAGUGAACUCUGCCUUCUCUGGUCAAUCAACCUUGAACUUUGUGAAUAAUUUAACAACACAUCUAUUGCAUUGUCUUUUGUAGAUGAACAUCCGCACAGUUGAAUUUUGAGGGCACAUGACUGAGAGUUCUGGACAGUUGUUUUUAUAAGAGCUCAUAUUUUCACAGGCAUUUUGUAUUCCAUAAUGCUGGAAGAGAUGUCGGUCAGCUUCACUAAAGGAACAUCAAGAUCUUUCUGUUUGUCAUUUGUUUUUUUUUUAUUCCCCCCUCUUUAUCAUUCACCUAUUUCUCAAACCUUGGAAGACACAUUUUCUUGUUAAAGUAUACAGUAUAUAAAGUAUAAAUAUUAAAAGUUUUUAAACUAUCUUCUUUUUGGUUAAGUUCUUCAUUUCAAGGGGUUUCCAUUUGGGAUUGUUUGCUGUAAUGAAGAUGCUUUUAUUUUGAUAUUACGUGGGUAGUAAGAUUCAAAAAUGUCUACAUUAUCUCAUGACUAAGGAUAUCAGGAUAGGCCAAAUUUUGACAUCAAUAUCAGCUGACUAGUCUCUUAGGCUUAAAUGUUUAAAGGGCUGUUCCGGCGUAAAAUUAAUUUGGGGUCAAUCACACUGAGCUAGACACCCCGUUGAGAGAUGACUAUUGCCGACCACUCGCUUCUCUAGUUAUACCACCUUUAGUAACGACCACACAAUAGCAGGACCGAGAGCCACGCGC